GCAAAGUUUGGAGGGCAACAUUGGCUCAAUAAAAGUGUACAGUUGAACUGGGUAAAGCGUAAGUAUCACACUAAAUCAAGAUCUCUUUUCAAACUGAUGUAACAGCUGAUUUAUACGCGAUGAUGAAUGCACACAAUUAAUGCAAGGCAAGAACACGUUUCUGGUUUUAGAAACUACACAAACCUGUGAAGAUACCGAUCUUUUAAACUAAACUAUAUGAAUGCUGUACAUCGCUGACGCCAUUUAUCCAUAAACACUAGACAGGUCAUUCUCCCACGUCAGUCAGACGUCAGCAAUGGCUGCCACUGUGAGCGGGUUCACCCAGGUCAGGCACGAGCUAGAUGAGUUUGAUCUGGUUCUGGUCACGGCCCCAGACAUGCAUGGCGUUGCCAGAGGGCGUUUCAUUUUCAAAUCAAGUCUUAAAGGUUUUGUGAAAAAUGGUCUUGGAAUAGCUCAAGCUUCUCUCUUCUCUGGAGUCCAAUGUGAUAUUCCAAUGGUUUUGGUUGAAUACAGUCAGGAAGGAUGGGCUAGUGGAACUUUAAUUCCUGACAUUUCAACACUUAGACCUCUAUCAUAUCUUUCUUAUGGAGACAAAAAGGUUGGCCAACUGAUUUGUGAUUAUCAAAGCUUCACUGGGGAAAGAGAAAUCUCAAUGUCUCGUGAAAUGGCUCUGAAUCAACUACAAAACUUAAGAAAAUUAGGUUUAGACAUUUCUAUGGCUUUUGAAUUGGAAUUCAGCAUUUUCAAGAAAGGAACAUUGCUUCCUGUCUCCUUAAAUGAAAAUUUGGAUACACUAUUAAAUAAAUUGUUAACAACACUGUCUGAAAGUGGUAUCCCCGUGAUUUCUGUUGGUAGAGGGACUGAAGCUGGUAAACUGCAGAUUACAAUUGAAACUCAGAAAGGAAUUGAGGCCGCUGACAGCUUACAUCGCCUUAGAAACAUAUUGAGGUCUGUGUGUGUCAGUUCAGGAUAUGACAUCACAUACAUGACAAAACCAUUACCAGGUUUUACAAAGAACCGUUUUCAUUUCAUUAUGACUUUGUCUAAUGAACAUGAAAGCAACAUUUUAACAAAUUCAAACACUGAUGACAGUAUUGGAAAGUUAUCAGAAGUUGGCCAACAAUGGGCAGCAGGACUUCUCAACUACCAUUCAGCACUCACUGCCUUAUGCAGGCCAACAAUAAAUUGUUAUUCCUUUGGUACUGAAGAUACUGAAAUAUCAGCUUCAUGGACAUGCAAUGAAAAUCUAAAUACAGCCAGACUACAUAUUGGCUCUACAACUAAAGGUACAUGUAUAAGAGACUCUCUUCCAACAUCAGCCUGUAAUCCUUACAUUGCUCUGGGUGGACUACUUACUGCUGGCAUGGCAGGAAUCUCAAAUAAAAUGCUGCUACCACUUGAGAUGAGUGCAGAAGAAGAAGUACAGCAUUCACUUCCCGAGGCAUUAGAUUCUUUGGAGAAAGAUGCAGACUUUGUUAAUGCUUUGGGCUCAAAAUUUGUUCACAGAUACAUUGCUUUAAAAAGAGAAUAUGAAACUGAAAAGUUUAAAAAUAAAAAAGAUGAUGUUGAUUCAUUUGAACAUGAACGUAGUAUAUACUUGCAUUAUUUAUAGUGGCAGAUUUCUUAAUUGAUGAAUUUGAAAUGUUUUAUAUUUCAAUGCAAAAACAAUUUUUCCCAUUUAAAAGAGAAAUAUAAUUAUACAAAAGAAAACAAAAUCUGAAACUGCUACCCAUAGACCUAUAUAUUUAUGUACAUCAUAUAUAGGUCUGUGGUGCUACCCUAGUCAAGGUUGACUUUACCACUUCCCCAGUUCUUACAUAUUAUUAUUCGCAUGAGUUUUACUAGUCAUGGCAGUAACCAAUGAAAAAUCCAAUUUGAAAGAUCUAUCUUUGCAUUCAAGACUCAUUUUAGGUCUACCACCUAUAUCCAUGUAUCUGAGAAUAAAUUGGAUUUAAUAGAAUUUAAUUUUGUGAUAGUUUACAAAUAGUUAAACUAAUAACUGCUUUUAUUCUAUUUCCUUUUUUUUUAAUUUUUUUUUUAAAUAAUUGUAUUGAGUCAUAAGAGACAUAAAUAAUAGAAGGAUAAACUGAAAUAAUGUCUGUUGAUAUCAUCUUUGAGAAGAAUUGUAACCAACUCAGCUUAUAACCAAACUACAGUUACAUUUGUAACCAACUCAGCUUAUAACCAAACUACAGUUACAUUUGUAACCAAAUCAGCUUAUAACCAAACUACAGUUACAUUUGUAACCAAAUCAGCUUAUAACCAAACAACAGUUACAUUUGUAACCAAAUCAGCUUAUAACCAAACAACAGUUACAUUUGUAACCAAAUCAGCUUAUAACCAAACUACAGUUACAUUUGUAACUUUAUUUAAGGUUACUUGUCUUUGCCAUUCUUACAUAUGAGAACAAUCUAACCAAAUAAUAAUCAUUUUAAUGAUUUAAAAAAAAGUAUAAUGUAUAUGUUAACUAGUAGUUUAGUAAUAUUUUCUAUAUUAAAAAGUAAAGAAUGCUUUUAUUUUUGUUAUAUUCAUAGAGCUGUUAUAGAGAAGUUAAUUUAUUUAUUAAACAAUUAUUUGAACUCGAGUAAUAUUAAAUUUUCCAUGUCGUAAUCAAUUUUAAAAAUAUUUUUGACCAAUUUUGUUUUUUAUUUUCUAGUUGUAUAUUUUCAGAUUUUUUUUUUAUUGCUUUUUAAUGAAUGAACGUAUUGUAAAAAAAACAAACCCACAUCUUUUACCAGUAUGGAGACAACAAAAAAAUAUUUAUAUGUAUCCUUUAUUGUUAAAUAAAAAUUCUACUAUUAUUUUUCUUCAA